UUGUGCUUAAACAAGUGGGUUUGUCUAUUCCUUAGAACAAAAACGAAACCGAGCAGGAUGGGCACUCUGUCAGGUUUGGCUCUUUAACUGAGAAAGGCCGGGCAACUUGGAAACAUGCUAUUGAGAAAGCCAAAGCCAUGCCAGAUCCUUGGGCUGAGUUCCAUCUGGAGGAAAUCGAGACAGAGCGCUGCACUCGAUACAGAUACAAUGCAGUUACUGGUGAAUGGGCAAAAGACGACAUAUUUAUCAAGGUUUCCUCUCAGGUGUUUGGAAAAGGAGCCAUGAGGGAAUGCUAUAGAGCGAAGAAGCUGUCAAACUUUUCCCACAGCAGCAACUGGAAAUCAGCCUCAAACUACGUGGCUAAGAGAUACAUGGAGACCGUGGACAGAGAGGUUUACUUUGAGGAUGUGAGGUUACAAAUGGAGGCUAAAUUAUGGGGCGAGGAGUUCAAUCGCCACAGGCCUCCAAAACAGGUUGACAUCAUGCAGAUGUGCAUUGUGGAAAUGACUAGUCGCCCUGGGAGCCCUUUGUUUCACCUGGAACACUACAUUGAGGGAAAGUACACAAAGUACAACUCUAACUCUGGUUUUGUGAGGGACGAUAACAUACGGCUUACACCUCAGGCAUUCAGUCAUUUCACAUUUGAGCGCUCUGGACACCAGCUGAUAGUGGUGGACAUUCAGGGUGUUGGGGACCUUUACACAGACCCUCAGAUCCACACUGAGAAGGGAACCGACUUUGGAGAUGGCAACCUAGGUGUGCGUGGCAUGGCUCUUUUUUUCCACUCUCACCUGUGUAAUAAGAUCUGUAGGAGUAUGGGCCUUACUCGGUUUGACAUGUCCCCUUCUGAAAUUGCAGAGUUGGACUGCACCAACAAAUUGCUGCAGCAGUCAGCUAAGACUGUCCUCCGUGGAUGUGAAGAGCAGUGUGGUUCGCCCAGGGUCCGGACGACCUCUCUCGGCCACAUGCCUGUUCUCCUCUCGCGGCUCUCUGAGACCUCCUCAGUUGAUGAAAGCAGUGACACAGACUCGAUUCCCUGUUCUCCACUUAGUAUGGCCAUCUCUGCAGGCCGAUCAUCCAUGGGCUGGUCAUUUAUGAAUGAAAUGAAUGAGGCACAUCGAGCUAACACAGAUCACAAGGACUCAGAGAAUGGAGGAGACAGUGGUUACCCCAGUGAGAAACGCAGUGAAGGAGACUCAGUCGAGCAUCACAGUCAGCUGACAGAAGAAAAAUUGAGUUUUUACCAUUCAUCUCGCUCCCACAUACACAGACCCUCCUGUGUGGCAGUAGAGGUAGAGAGACUUAACACUAUGCUUCUCGAAAGGAAAAUUGGUAAAUCCAUCCUAGGCAAGCGUGAAGAGGAUAGUUUGAGUGGCCAAAGACUC